AUGCCCUUUCAGCUGCCGACACCUUAUACCGUCCGAGAGUACUACAAUCAACGCCAUCCUCAAAUACCUUUGUGGUUCUGGGAGUAUGUAGAGUUUCACAGGCAGCUCAUAUUGUUUGACGAAUCGAAGGGGGUCUGGAAGCUACGAGAUGGAAGUCGCUAUCUCAAGUUUUCAUGGUGUCAAGAUCCUUUGUCUAGAAAAGAAACCAAAGGAACUCUACACUCAAUCUUCCAGCGUUUGUUCCCCUUCCUUGCGAAGAAAUCUACUGUCAUCCCUUCUUCCGCAUGCAAGUCAGACCUGGACCUCCAGGCUUAUACGGAUGGAGUUUUGACAGCUCUGUAUGUGGCCGUGAUGAGCAAUAGAGUGUUGAUGAUUGAGGACAAUCCUCUUAUCGAUACCCCACUGUAUCCAUUUCUGGAAGCAAACUUGAUCCAAUGGAACAUAACAGAGUAUCAGCAAGACUCAGCUGCAGAUACUGUUGACGUGCUUUCAGUGACUGAUCUUUCCUUGAAUGAACAACAGCUAUGCCACAUCGCAAUGUCGGAUUCCUUGGCCGUGCAACUAGAAACACGGGUGUGGUUAGGUGACACGCAGCUUUGGUGGUCUCCAUGCCUGAAAGAACACCGGAAGCAAGUUGAUGACCAAGGUCAAUCGUUAGAUCGUCGACAUUUUUAUCGAUGGGGCUUCUGGGCUCUGUUUCGAAUAAGUGACGACGUGCUGGGGAAUGCAGAUCGAUGGAGGGAAGCAACCGGGCUGGCCCAAAGCGAGCAACAGCCGAGUGGCUUGGACGGACGCAUGGUGCAUCUGACCUUUCAGCCUUACUUCUAUGCGGCGAUUCCGGAAUCUGAAAGGAGCUCGGAAACACUGGUAGGAAGGGAGGAGACGGUUCGAGACUGUGCGGUCAAACUCUACCAGGUUUUGCUUCCCUUGGCCAUUGACAUCCAGGAGCAUGGCUACAAUGAUGACGACGCCAUUGAUGACGAGGUGAAGAAACCAAUCCUCCAGGAAGUGCUGCAUCGGUCCUUGUACUUGGUCGGAGGAGGCGUAGGACCACGCCUGUCAGCCAAGGCCGUUCCAUUGCAUCGUGAGAUGACGGACGAGGAAACUGGUCCAAGCACUCAAAAAGCAACCUUACCGGUACCGAGAGACAGUCAUGCUGUGGUGGAUCAGGGGCAGGAUACUGGCAAGGGCCCUCCCCACUGGUACCAAGCUUAUUGGAGGGAACUCGUCGUCUCCGCCGAAGCGGAAUGUCUCAUCCUGGCACCAGGUGAAUCGAAGCACGAACGAUACACAGAAUCAGCCGUCCUCUUUCAAGCAAAACGAUUGAGUAUAUCGCAUCCCGAAUCGACGAAAAGAUGUCAUGUGAGUGCCGAGGAGUGCGCGAAAGAGACCACCGAAUCCUUGAGGAGUAAUAUUGUUUUGGACACGGUUCCAUGGACCAACGGUGCCACAUCGACGGAGUAG